AUGGGGCAGAAGGUAUCCAGCCUUAUUGGUGUCAGGCAGCUCUUUAACUUUACUUCACGUCGUUCCAGUUUGCUCCGCCUUUAUACGUUAAAUAUAAAACCGUUAAGUAAGGCCAAAGGGUGGUCUCCGGAGGCGCCAUUGGGCGUGGAGGCUGCUCGGGAGAUUGCUGUACAGUCUCCCGCCGAGAUGGCAUCAACCUCGAGCGAGGAGCGCGCCAUACGCCGUUGGCCCACCGGUCACCCCCUGCCGCCGCCACGGUGGGGGGGCCCGCGCCCCGCUUUGCACCUCUCCUUGCAACAGUACGAGGAUCUGGUCGCUAAAGCUGAGGCGAUACUGAGCCGACUCGCUGUCUCUGAGAACUAUGAUUCUGUCAACAACUUCAUCACGCUCUACGACUCGUACAUGGCUGCCCCUGACGAGACCCUGGCUGAAUUCUUCCCAAAGUACAAUCCACCGAUACGCGCACAUAAGCAUACCUGCGUGGGUCUGGGGAUGGAAACGAUGAAGCGUCUAAAAGCCCUGGAGAACGAUUUCCCCGGUAUCUCCAAGUCGAUGAUGCUGGUAUCCUGUGAUGAAAACAUUCAAGAUCUAAAGGACUACUCCACAGCAUUCCCAGGACCGCAAGGGUUCUUAAUCGAGACCGAAAAAGACCACGUAAUGCUUUGCAUCCAUGUAAGAGUAGCAGGAAGACAAGGAGUGUUCCUGUCAGAUCUGGGAUACCAUGUGUCGCGAGUUGUCACCGUCAUGGCGGAUAGGUGCUACCCGCAUACAGGCUGGUUUACGCAAUCCGACGAGCCACACAGCCGAAAGGAGUACAACUACCAAUUUAACCUACAGAACAACAAUUAUGUGGAGUGGCAUGAGCGUGAUACUAGAGGGUCAAAUGUCAAAGAGCGUCUGUCAUUGAUCUACGUCGCCAAACCGUAUCUCACUGCUGUCAGCGUUACAGAGAAGAGGAAUCUCGUAUGGGACUUAAGGAGUCUUCUAGCCAGAAACCCGAAAGGACACUUAACAGCUGGAAUCUACUUCCCAGUGAAGGAGAAGGACCAGCAGUUCACGAUGUUCUUCGAUGGCACCAAUGGCAAGCAGCGCAAGAAACUCAAGUUUGAAUCCUUCUUAGAGCUGCAAAAGAUCCCAGACGAAUUAGUUGACGAAGUGGAACAAUGUAACGAACAACUUCGAAUGCGUGACGGCGAGCUCCUCUCCAUCCUCAAAAAGCUGGCCAGCAUUAUGUCAGACCAGGAGUACAUGAAGGAGCUCCUGGAAAUCAACAGCAAGAUUGUUCAUCUAUCAGCGGGGGAGUAA